AUGCUUCUAUCCAAGACAGUACAGCUAACUGUCCUCGCACUCCUCUCCUCGGCCUGCGCUCAGACAUACACAUCAUGCGAUCCCACGAAAAAGGAGUGCCCGCCCGACACGGCCCUCGGCGUGAGCAAUUACACAAUCGACUUCCAAAAGAGCAUCAUGACUGAUCGCGUCUGGAACUGGACAGCCGGAUCGGCCGAUUAUGGCGACCAGGGUGCAGAAUUCACCAUCAACAAGCGGGGCGACGCACCUACUGUGCAGACCAACUUUUACAUCUUCUUUGGACAGGUUGAGGUCUGGCUCAAGGCCGCACCCGGCAGGGGCAUUGUCUCCUCGAUCGUCCUGGAAUCCGACGACCUAGACGAGGUGGAUUGGGAGUGGAUCGGCCCAAACAAUACAUAUGUGCAAAGCAACUACUUCGGCAAGGGCAACACAACCUCGUACGACCGUGCCGCUAUCCACGAAGUUGACGACGCUCAAGGCAAAUUCCACAACUACACGGUCGACUGGACACCUGAGAAGUUGGAGUGGUUCAUUGACGGCCAAUCCGUCCGUGUCUUGAACUAUGCCGACGCCAAUGGCGGGCACAACUUCCCCCAGACUCCCUGCAACGUCAGACUGGGUAUCUGGGCCGGCGGUGACCCCAAGAAUAAUCAGUACACCAUUGACUGGGCCGGUGGUGAGACAGACUACUCCGACAGCUACACCAUGGCCGUCCAAUCUGUCCGGGUCAGCGACGCCAGCACGGGCACACAGUACGUGUACACUGAUAGAUCCGGCAGUUGGCAAAGCAUCAAAGCACUCAAUGUUACGAAACCCCUCAAACUCGACGGCGAAAACUCCGACUCGACCAGUAAAACCAUCAAGCAAAAGUGGGACGGCCUGACCUCGACGCAAAAGUACAUCAUUGGCGGCGUUGUGGGUGGCGUCGCCCUCAUCCUCAUCGCCCUCUAUGCGUGGUUCUGCGUCCGCCAACGCCGCGCCGGCAAGCACGAGAAACUGAUCGAGGAUGCCAAGUACGAGAAGAACGUGUCCGAGGUCAUGGCCUACCGCUCCGAAAUGGCCCGAUCGCGUAACGAGAAGUCACAGGUCCAGGUCCACGUUUCGCCGGUGAUGAACAACGGCAACGGUUUCGGACCCACGCUGCACCACCAGCAGAGUCAGCCCAUGAUGGCUGCCAUGCGCAGUCCCUCGCCGGGAUACGGAUACGGAAGAGGCUAUCAGAAGUUCUGA